UCUGACUCACACUCGUCAGUCCCUUACGUACAAACGUGAUCCGUUGGCGAGUACAACCUCGAAGCGUUCGUGUUUCGUGUGUUGUGACUCGAAAGAUCUGUUAUAAUUUUUCUCUCAAUUACAAUACGCGACUAAAAAACGUAACCAAUAAAUAUAUAAAUAUUUUUUUUAUUUAUUUUUUUUUUAUUCAAAAUAUAUAUCGCAAACUGGCGGUAGUGGAGUUGAAAAAAAAAGUUUAUAAAUUACGUGAGUUUUAAAUUUUGUUAGAAAAAAAAAAUUUUUUUACUCAACAUUUUUUUUUAUGUUUUAAAAGCAUUUUACUGUAGAGUUUACGGGUGUGUGUUGUCUGUGUGCGUGUGUGUGCUUUAAUAUGCCGGGGAUAGUGCGACGUAAAUGCAAUUACAACUUGACGCUUGCUGAUAAAUUUAUCAUUUUUAUUAACUAAAUAAUUUAUAUACAUAUAUAUAUAUAUAAAAUAUAUGAGUAUAGGAAAAAUAUUUUUUUCAAAAAUUUUUAAUACACUUCUGACAAAACUCCAUUUUUUUUAUGAAUUAAGUUUGGAGUAGAAAAAAAAAAAAUAAAUUUUAAUUUUUUUUUUUUGUUGGGGAAAAAAAGACUCGCGUACGGCGUUCUGGUGAUUUUUUUUUUGGUAAUGAAAAAUUUUGGCGGUGAUUUUUAAAAAAAUUAUUAAUUAGAAUUGGUUGUGAAAAUUUUAAAAGUGAGGUUAGAAUUGACUGCCGGUUGAAGUGGAUCAUAACCUAGUAAUUUUUUAAAAUUGUGAUUUGGUGAUUUUUUUUUAACGAAAAUUUGUGUUGUGAUUUUGUGCCGGUGAUCGAAAAAAAAUUGGGAAAAAGUUACUAGAUUUUUUAUGUAAAAGUUACCAGAAGUUACUAGAGAAAGUUACUAGAUUUUACCCUCCUGUGGCAGAUUUUUACCAGAAAAGUAACUAGAUUUGGUGCUGAAAAUUUACUAGGCAUGAAUGGAAAGUUACUAGAUUUAACACGAAAAGUCACUAGGUGCGAUUUGUUUAAAUAAAUUGAAGAAAGUAACUAGGGUAAUUUAAUUAAUAAAAUUUCUGACUUUGUCACUAGAAGAAGUUCUAGCGUUUUUACUAGGAUACAGCUAGACUUUCCUGGAAAGUAACUAGAUUUUAACUUUGAAUUUUUCACAUUCUGGUGAAAAUCUGCGAUUUAUAGGUUAACUUUAAAAAGUUACUAGAAAGUAUCUAGAUUGUUCAUUAAAAAAGAAUCUAGACUUUUUACUGUCACUGUUUUUAUAGAAAGAAAGUGACCAUUUUUUCCACAAAAAUAUAAAAUUCACUAGAUUUUGUGAAAAGUUACUAGACGAGAAUAAAAGUUACUAGAUUUUGUAACGAACUUUUAUAUUAAAAUUUAUUUAGUAAUUGAUUGAUUAUAAGUUUGUAAAUAUGGUGAUAAGUUACUAGAUUUUAUACUUCACCAAAAAAUUACUAGAUGUUGACAUUAUUAAUCGAAGUUAAUAGUGAAUUUGAGAAAGUGUAAAGUGCGACAUUUGUAAAUUUUGCGAGUGAGGAAAUAACUAGGCUAGGGAAAAUAAACAAUAGUGACAUCUAGUAUUGGAAGCCAAAAAAUAGUAAUAAUAAUUAGUACCAAGUGUGAUAAAAAAGUCCCUAGAGUAAUGGAUUGACAUCGUUUUAACCAAUGAUGAAGGCAAAUGGUACCAAUAAUGGUUGUAGCCGUUUGAAUACACCAUUAGCAGCUACAACCACGCUGGAGGACCCAGGAACACCAGCGUCGUGGAAGGGCCCACCGGCAGGCUCUGAGGCGUCACCAUUUACCCCUAAUUCGGUCAAUCAAGGCGGCGGACCUGGCGGUUAUUCGUCAGGAGGACCCGGUGGUGGAGGCGGCAACCCUGGUUUUCAAGGGCCAAGUUCUUUUCCUGGUGGAGCCGGAAGUCCUGCCGGAGGGCCGGGUUAUCAAGGAGGACCACCACCUGGUUCCGGAACCCCGCAGUACACGGCGUCCCCAGCACCAAGUGGGUCAUCGACACCCGGACCUGGACCACAAUCCAAUCCCGGGUUCCCACCACCACCCAAUAACUCAGGACUCUACAAUGGACCUGGACCGAGUCCAUUUGGAUCACCUUCCGGACCGCCCCAGUUCGUUGGACGACCUGGGUCAUCUGGACCACCCUUCGUACCACCAGGUGGGAAUCCACAUUUCCCAUCACCUGGACAAUUUCCUGGACCGCAGUAUGGAAUGCCACCAGGAAGUCCCUUCGGGCCUGGACAUCCCAUGGGUGGGCCCAUGGGACCUGGACACCCGAUGAUGGGUCCUGGUGGUCCUGUGGACCGAAUGGAUCAAGGGUAA